GCGAUUUUUAGUAUCGAAAGUUACUUGACUGACGAAACUUUGCUGAAAAUGGCUCCGAAGACUAGUGGAAAGGCUGCCAAGAAGGCUGGAAAGGCCCAGAAGAACAUCUCGAAGACGGACAAGAAGAAGAAGCGCAAGCGUAAGGAGAGCUAUGCCAUCUACAUCUACAAAGUGCUGAAGCAAGUCCAUCCUGACACUGGCAUCAGCAGCAAAGCCAUGAGCAUCAUGAACAGCUUCGUGAAUGACAUCUUCGAGCGCAUUGCUGCAGAGGCUUCUCGUCUGGCCCAUUACAACAAGCGCUCGACCAUCACGAGUCGCGAGAUCCAGACUGCCGUGCGUCUCCUGCUGCCCGGAGAGUUGGCCAAGCACGCCGUGAGUGAAGGCACCAAAGCCGUCACCAAGUACACCAGCUCCAAGUAAAUCGACGCCUGUCCAUGGAUCAUUCUCCAAAACCCACGAAAUGGCCCUUUUGAGGGCCCACAAAUGCA